AUGUGUUUCUUUGACAUCAAAACUGUUGAUUUAUUUGAUUGUGGUUUGAGCAAGAGUGUCAAGCCCAUUGCAAUUAUUGACGACAUCAGUGCCAGUGUUCAGGAAUUAUUUGUUUAUAGUGGCUUCUGGAAAAUCCUAUCAUUUUGUAUUGGACGAAAAAACGAGGACAAAACAAAAAUCCCCCUUCUCACAAAAAUUCAAGAAGCAUUGGAACGCACUGAUUACGUCGACUUUACAACACGACCUGCCCUGCAAGAGGCAUGUAGAAUAUAUCACCCAAACUUCUCAAACAUUUACUCCAAAAGGAACUGCCAAGCGAUGCUGAAGACAGUAAUCAACUUGGUGCUCAAAGUCAAUUUGUGCCGACAGCGCAUUUUUGGAGAGAAGAAGAAAAAGAAAACAUAUAAACGCAAGCAGAGAAAAAGACCAAAGCCGCAGUCAGAACAAGCAAAGAAGAAACAAGCAUUGGAAAAGCUUUUUUGGCUUUUGGACUGUGAUCAUCGGGUGGAUCAAUGCAUUGACAAGCAAUUAGGCAUCAUCUUUUCAAACAACAAGAAGAAACCAGAAUCAAAAGAACCUGCUGCUGCCAAAACUACUGGUGCACCAUCUCCAGUUUCCCGUAAAGGCAAAUCGCGCAUGUCAGCAACAUCUUCACCGCAACCAUUGUCUACUACGGAUGCUGAGCAAGACAUUGAGUUGCUUGAUAGUGACGACAGUGAUUUGGAAAGUGUCAUGGAUGAUGAGCUACAAGAAGAAGAGGAAAGUCGUGAUUUGACAGCCAAGGAGAUCAAUGCUUUGACGUCUGUAUCCGUGAUGCUUUGCCAAUCCCCCUCCAUCAAAGGUGAUAUUUCCUCUGAACACAUCAAGAAGCAGUUGUACCCCGACAAGAGAGACUCUAUUCCAGCUAGUGCCCUUGAUUGCUGCUGCACAAUCAUCAAUGCCAUCAAAUCUCUUGUUCCUAAGGAAGAUUCCCCCUCCAUACAGGUGGUUUGGUUUGUUUCAGUUGCGCAAUAUUCUUGUUACUUUCCACCCUGGCCUUACAAGGAAGAACGCGAGAAGUCUCUUUCCAACUAUAAAGGGCACGCCGAGUCAAAAAAAUGGCAAUUGCGCUCGAUCCCGUAA